AUGUCACAGUGGAGGAUGUUGGUUAUUACACCUGCACAAAGAUCGGAUCAGGACAAGUUGAACACGUUGAACUUCACUGAACAGAAGAACACUGAUACAGUCAGCUUGUUGUGCUCUGUGACUGGGUGUUUACACACAGUAAAGUGGCUGCAUGAGGGAAGUUAUACCACAGAGAGAAAGACAUCAGGGCCUAUCUGUUCAGCCAGAGCGACAUUUAGAACAUCUGACUUUAAUCAGAAGUCAAAGGAUGACUCAUUAAAAUGUGAAGUGAGACAUGCCGGAGAAGUGCAUCUGUUCCCCUUCAGCCCUCCUCAGUCCUCAGCAACUACAACACCAUCAACGAGAAAAACACCUGUGAAAAAGCGUGAAACAGAAGAGACAAACAGACCUGCAUCUGAAAACAACAACGAUGGAACAAAGACAGGAGGCUGGUGGCUGUGGCUGAUCGGUGUGUUUGUGGCUGCUGCAGCGCUGCUAAUAAUCUCUGUGGCUGUCCUCAGAUGGAAGAGAACUAAAGAGAACAAAACCCAGACGGAUGACAACAUGGCCCGAGUUGAUGAUGAAGGUGAAGGUGAUGAAGAUGAUGCUGUGACCUACAGCACUCUGCAAGCCUCUUCUUCUGCUGCUGCUGCUGAUCCCAGCAACCUCUACGCUACCGUCAACUAAUCAAAAAAGUAAUUUUGUAAGACGUUGUUGCAAUAUAGAUUUAAGAUUUUAUGGUUAAAUCCAGUAGAGUUUAAAUAAGAUAUGAAUCGUUUGGCUUAAUGAUGGCAAAGUGAGAAUACAGCAGCAGCUCUAUGAAAACAAGUGAGACUCCUAAAUAUAUUGGUUUCUUACGUAAUAUGUGUCCUUGCAGGGGCAGAAUGAAGAUGUCGUUA